AGAUAUCAGGAAGAGAGAGAGAGAGAGAGAGAGAGAGAGAGCAAUGGAUUACUCCACGAUGCUCCCAUGGACUUUGAUAGUUUUGGCAUGCAUUCAUGUUAUCUUACUUGUAAGAAAGAGAGUAUCUUCUAAUGGCAAGCUCCCACCAGGCCCCAUCCCACUUCCCAUUGUAGGAAGCCUCCUCAAACUCGGCAGCAAACCCAACGAGUCAUUCACUGAGCUCGCCAAGACAUAUGGCCCACUAAUGACACUUAAGCUUGGCUCCAUAACCACGAUCGUCGUUUCAUCAUCGAUCAUGGCCAAAGAGGUCCUUCAGAAGAAUGAUCAAUCCUUCGCUGGUCGAGUCGUUGUUGCUGCCCUUGGUGGAGUUAGAUUCUAUGAUUCAUCAUCUAUAGUAGGGUCACCGCCAACCACAUAUUGGAGAAAGAUACGGGCGAUAUGUAACACCCAAAUGUUCACAAUGGCAAGGCUAGCAGCCAAUCAAGGCCUACGGCGCAAGAAAGUACAAGAUCUAAUCGCUCACAUGCAUGAGCAUAGCCUAUCAGGACGACCGAUUGAUAUCGGCCAAGCAACCUUCACUACCACCCUCAACUUGAUAUUCAAUACCGUCUUCUCUGUUGAUUUGGUUGAUCCCAACACCGAUUCUGUACAAGAAUUCAAGAAUCUAGUGUGGGAAAUUAUGAAAGAACUUGGUAGGCCGAACCUGGCCGACUUUUUCCCAGUUCUAAGGGUGAUCGACCCACAAGGCAUCAGGCGUCACACAACUGCUUAUUUCAAAAAAUUGUAUGCAAUUUUCGAUGAAAUGAUUGCCCAACGAAUAUUAUCUAGAUCCACCUCAUCUGAUUUUCCUAGAAGAAAUGAUUUCCUGGAUGUGCUUCUUGAUCAGAAGGAUGACAGAAGUUUUGAAUUUGGCGACAAUGAUAUCAAGCCUGUACUUGCGGAUAUAUUUCUUGCUGGAAGUGACACAAGCUCAACCGCCGUAGAAUGGGCCAUGGCGGAGCUACUCCGCAACCCAGAUUGUAUGGCGAAGGCUCGAUUGGAACUCAUGAAGACAAUUGGCUCAGGACAACAAGUAGAAGAGUCAGACAUCGCCCGACUCCCAUAUCUACAAGCCGUCGUGAAGGAGACCUUGCGUUUGCAUCCACCAGCUCCACUCUUUAAUCGCAAAACUAUAACUGAUGUUGAAAUAAGUGGAUUUGCCAUACCCAAGAACACUUGGGUUACAGUGAAUGUGUGGGCUAUAGGGAGAGAUCCCAACAUUUGGAAAGACCCAUCCUCCUUCUUGCCAGAAAGAUUCUUGGGCAGUGACAUUGACUUCAAAGGUCAAGAUUUCGAGUUCAUACCGUUUGGAUCAGGCCGGAGGAUUUGCCCAGGCUUGCCACUUGCAUUUAGGAUGGUCCAUCUGAUGUUGGCCUCUCUUCUCCAUUCGUUUGAUUGGAAACUUCCCAAUGGAAUGAUGUCAUCCGAUAUAGACAUGAACUCCAAGUUCGGCAUCACCAUGCAAUUAGCUGCUCCUCUUCGAGCUAUCCCUACAAUAGAUGGCUAACAUUGCCUAGAUGAGUAAGUCUUGUUUCAUUUCCAAAUGCCACAACAUAUGUGGUUAACUAUCAUGAAAUUUGGACCAAGAA